CGAUCCCUUCUAUUUUCGUCUCCUAGCACUGGAGGUGCUCGCCCGCCGCGAUCUGUACGUUCGUCGUUGCUACUCCCAGGAGACGGUCGGUUACGGCAAUGCCCACCCGACGCGGUUCGGAUGGCACAUAGUUUGAUCGAGCUCGAGGCCAUGUAUUUGUCAAUGGCCAUUAUCAACCGCGUUCAUGACGCACCAAUCGCGAUGGUGAAAUGUGAUCUGGAAGGCUGGUGCCGUCUUGGCGUAGACGGGUACUGCCUGCGCUGCUCAAACGUGCAGGUCAGUGGACUGGCGAGUGGCGCAGGUUAUGUUGACUUCACGCCUGCAGAACCUCAAGCACUCCGGGCGAGUUGUCACAUCGCCGCAGGCACCGGCACCCUCUAUUAUACAACCGUCUGUGCCAUGGGCGGCUAUGUAGCUGUUCUGGCGUUGCUAGGACCUGCAAGCCUGCAGGCUGAAUCUGUCAUCACCGCGACAGCGGCGCAUUGUGGCCCUGCCAAUGGCUCGGGUUCAUCAGAUCGCUCCGGCUCAGCGGGUGUCAUGACAAAGACUCAUUCUUCAGGGUCAUCUGGUAGUCCUCAGAGCGUAAGGCGGACUCUUCAGCCCAUCUUUGCCUAUGUUACCAAGGAUCUGUAUACGAUGAACCUUGAUCGCAGCCUUCGGCCCUUCAAAGUAGGUUUAUCAUGGAGCAACUAUCAUGUCAAGCCUUUCAGCACAACUAGCUCAAAGUCCUCAAUCUCUGGUGAGCUCUCAACCGGUCUCUUUGCUAUUGAUUACAUUAUAAUCUUUGUCUGUUUUCAGUGA